AUGGACGAAAGACUUGAUUCCGCAUGUAGCCUAACAUCAAAGAUAAAUGUAAUGGAUCUGGAACAGCAUUUGCAUGAACAAAUGAAUGAACCUGUCCCCGAGGAUUGGUAUAAACAUUAUUUUGAUACCGAUAAUAAUCGGCAAACAUAUUCAUUUUCUGAAUUUUGUGAUAUAUUUCAAAUAACACCUAUUUUGGGUAAGCGUUUAUUAAAACAAUUUAUUACAAAUUUUAAUUUUGACGAUAAAUGUAAUCGUAUAGAUAGUAAAGAUAUAUGGAGAAUUGCACGUGUUCUAUGGGAAGGUUCAGCAUGUCUUAAAUCAUUGAUAUUAUUUCGUGUAUUCGAUGAAAAUGACGAUAAAUUAAUUACAGUUAAUGAUAUAAAAAAUUUUUAUGAUGAAUAUUUAAACGAAGAUGAAAGUAUGAUAUUAAAUAAUAAAGACCAUGAAACCAUAUUAGAUACAAUAGUAGAUGGCUAUAGUUGGGAUGCAAAUAAAGAAAUGACAUUCGACCGAUUUCAUGAUACACUAGUUCGGCAAACAAAUGGUAAAAUCGAAGAUUUAUUUAAAAUUUAUUUUACAAAUGAUACACGUACAACAGAUAAUAAAAAAUCAAAACAAAAGCGUCUAGAACUUUAUAUAAAGAAUCAUUUAAAAGAAAUCAUAUUUCUAUUAAGUUAUAUAUUAACUCAAAUAGGUCUUUUACUAUGGGUUGUAUUUUGUCGUUAUACAGUUAUCUAUGAAGUACACAAAGAAGACAUGCAUCCAUUGAUUGUAAUAGCAAAAAUAUGUGCAAUGCUUUUAUCAUUUAAUUGUUCAUUAAUUAUUGUAUUGAUGUUAAAACAAAUAAUAACACUUAUAAGAUGUUCUUAUUUACGUUAUAUAUUACCGGUUGAUUGUCAUAUUGAUUUCCAUCGUAUUGUUGGACGAUAUAUUUUGGUUCUAGCAGUUAUACAUGCAAUAUCGCAUAUGGUUCAUUUUUCUAUUUUAAAAACACCUUAUACAUGGGCAGAAUUAAUGUUUACGUUUGCCGCAAAUCAGGGUACAAUAAUUCCAGGUUUUGCCACUAUCAGUGGCAUCAUAUUAUCGUUCAUAUUAAUCACAAUCAUUAUAUUUUCAUUCGAAUAUAUUCGUCGAAGUGGUCAUUUUGAAUUAUUUUAUUUUACCCAUCUUCUCUAUAUUCCAUUUUUUAUAUUUUUAAUAAUGCACGGUAAUGGAUUUUGGAAAUGGAUUAUUGGACCAUUGACAAUAUUUGUUAUUGAAAAAGUUUAUGAGUUAUGUCAAUUUUGUCGUUCAUCACACGGUAAAACACAUAUGAAAUUCAUGACAAUCUUCGAAAGUUAUUCAAAAUCGGGCAAGCUAGAAUCAUCUGUCCUUGCAUUGUCCAUAAAACGUCCACGAAAUUUUGAUUACAGACCCGGCGAUUAUCUUUUCCUUAAUAUACCAGCAAUCUCAAAAUUUGAAUGGCAUCCAUAUACAAUAAGCAGCGGUCCAGAAGAAAAAGAUACAUUAAGUGUCCAUAUUCAUGCAGUAGGGAAUUGGACAAAUAAAGUGCUAGAAUAUUCAAAAUUAGUGAUGCAUAAAAACGAUUCCAACGGACUCUGUCAAAUAGUUAGCCAUCUAAAUAUUACAACCGAACCCGUAAAUGUGGAACCAUUAAAAAGGCAAUCAUUUCUCAUUAAUGACAGUGUACUUAUAGACGGUCCAUAUAGCUCAUGUGCAAGAUACAUCUUCGAUGUGGAGCAUGCCGUUCUUAUCGGAGGUGGUAUCGGAGUGACACCUUAUGCAAGUAUUCUCACAUCAUUAAUGGUACAAUUUCGUUUACAACGAAUUAAAUGUAAACAAUGUAAUCAUAUUAAUUAUACAACACCGAUAAGUGGUACAAUCUGUACGGAUCGUAUACUAAAAAAAGUCGAUUUUGUAUGGAUUAAUAGAGACAUACAAGCAUUUGAAUGGUUUUUAGAUUUAUUAGCUCAUUUUGAACAAGAACAGGAAGACUAUUUGAAAGAUGUUCAGAAUGACGGCUCAAAUGAACGUCAACGUUUUCUUGAUUUACAUCUUUUCUUUACUGGUAACACUCAACGUAAAGAUGUAAUAAGAAGAAUGAGCCAAAGCAUUUAUUAUGAACGAGCUAGAAAAGAUUUGUAUACAAGCCUGAAAUCGAAAACUCAGAGUGGACGACCAAAAUGGAAUUCAUUGUUUUCU